CUUUCAGACGAUAUCAACGAUUCUACAGCGAGACGUGAUACCGAACACAAAAACGUGCCUUUCCUGUUCGUCUGAAAGCAACUAGUACCAUGCUGGACGUAGUCAUUGUCGGAGCAGGCGUCGCUGGCCUCUCGGCCGGCAUCUCCCUGCGCCGUGCGGGCCACGUUGUGCGCAUCUACGAGGGAUCUGACACGGACAACGAGGUCGGCGCCGCCAUCAAUGUCCCUCCCAAUGCGACGCGGUUUCUCACACGAUGGGGUCUCGACCCCAAGGCUUCCGGCUUCGUCAAGGCUGGGCCUGUUCAUUUCCAGGAUCCCGUCACGAUGGGGAUCACGUCGACGCUAUCACACGCCGACAACGAGGAGUUCUACGACGCCGAUCUCUGGUACGCCCACCGCGUGGAUCUGCACGAUAGCCUCAAGAGGAUAGCGACCGAUCCUGCCGGCCCGGGCGUUCCCGUCACCAUCCAUCCCAACUCGUGGGUUGUGGGAUACAAUCCUGAGUUGCCAGCUGUGCACCUCCAAGAUGGUGACGAGAUUGAGUGCGACCUGGUCGUUGGUGCAGAUGGAAUUCAUUCUAUUGCGGCUGAGACUGUCCUCGGCCGCAAGAAUCCUGCCGUGGCGCCUCUUCUCCACAACUGCUGCUACCGGUUCUUGAUUCCCGCUGAAGUUCUUGAGGCAGACUCUGAAACCAAGUUUUGGAACGAGGACGCCGAUGGACUCAUUCGUCUUUUCCCCGACAACAAGACCAACAGGAGGCUAGUAUCGUACCCAUGCCGCAACAACACCAUCCACAACUUUGUGGGUAUCUUUUACGAUGAAGACAUGAAGGAUGCUUCCAGUGAAGAUUACCAAGCCGAUGUCGACAAAGCGCAAGUAAUUGAAAAGUUCACUGGGUUCCAUCCAAGCCUACUGGCUAUUAUCAACAAAGCAACUGAGAUCAAGCGAUGGCCACUGUUGUACCGUGCUCCGCUCCCGACCUGGCGGAAAGGGAAGAUGGUCAUAACCGGCGAUGCGGCGCAUCCAAUGCUACCUCAUCAAGGGCAAGGCGGUGCCAUGGGUCUCGAAGAUGGCUUGGCUCUGGGUGUCGUGUUUGCAGGUGUGUCUGAUAACUCUGAUCUCGAGAAGAGGUUAGAGCUAUUUGAGAAGAUCCGUCGAAACCGUGCCAGUGCCAUUCAAAUUCUCAGCAAUGUCGGAACCGACCAGUCAAGUCUCGUCGAGAAGGACCUUUUGGAAUUCGUCCCAGUAGAUGAGAUCCCGAAAAAUCCCCAAGAAAACUUGGCUUUCAACUUUGGGUAUGACGUCGUCAAUGAGGCUAUAAAGAUCAUGGAAGAAUAUGAUCCGUCAUCUCAUCUUCCUCACGACUUCUUUGAGGAUGAUUCGUUCGACAUGACUCAUGUUAACGGAGAGUUGUCGAAAAUGAGUGGGCUUGGUUUCAUCAAGGUCGAAACAUGCAUCAACAUCGACACUGAGUGAAUCAGCAUCUACUCGGGUUGAUCAUGAGAAAGGCCCUGAUUAGCAUCCACCAUGGACUACAAGCUGUGUUUCUCAGCAUACCACAAGGCGUGAGGGCUAGGGACAAGAAGUCAGGAAAUUAAGCAGGACGACACAGAGUAACAGAGGACGAGCUUGCAAGCCGUCAUUAUUGUGCAACAGACCAGAAUGCUACAGCACCAGUGUAAAAAUUUCAUUGCGAGACGGGAGAGCAUAAGAAGACAAGUCACUAUUCUUGAAGAUCCCUCAGGCUGAAGUUCGACAUCCUAAUAUUGACCAAGGGAUAGCCAACACCCUUGAGCGAA